CGCUCUCGCUCUCGUUGUCUCCCUCGUUCUUCCUUCUUCUCCCGCUGCUCUCCUGUUCCAUUUCUCGCGCGAGUUUCUCGACUUUUCGGAGGUGGCGCCUCCACUCUCGUGCUCCGCGACGUGCAGCGUCUGGACGUUCGUUCUUUCUUUCCUUCCUUUCGCGAGCCCCUUAUCUCCCGCUUUCUCGCACGCAGCAGCCGGCGGCGCGUAGCCGGUGUUGCCCCGCUCCUUUUCGGCCAGCUCUCCGCGACGCGCGGAAGCCACACGAACGGAGGAAACGCGAGAGUGCGUGACCCAGCUUGACCCAGCCUGUCGCCGCGUGUGCCGGUACGAAUUACGCGUGUGCACGCACGCACGCACGCACGCACGCACGCGCGAACGCCUCAGUCGCGAGAGGAGAGACAUUUCACGCGCGAGAGUUGCCCCCGGUCGCUCCGCAGUGCUUUGAGGUUAUCGAGCAACAGAGCUCUCGCCGUUCACGCCGAGAGAUAUUCUCCGGGGAAGGAAACAUGUGGGCCGGCCAGGACGACACGCAAAGAUUCAAGACCAGGGUGUUGAAACCGCCCGGCGGCGGAAGCAGCGACAUUUUCGGCGCGGGCCCGGAGGAGACUAGCCCGCGACGCGUCAAGACCCACAAUCAGUCGCAGCUGGGUCUGGCGUUAUUCGGCGACGCCAACGGUACCGACGCCGGUAACGGCAACGGCAACAUGAACGUCGCCGUGUCGCCGCGCUCCAGCAGCAAGCCCGGUAAUGAUUCAUACAAUCGCCUGUUUGGCCCUCCCGAUGCCCCACCCUGCACCCCAAACGCGAGAAAUCACAUGCGCAGCAAUAUCUCCCUCAGCGGGGGAUCGUCAGCCUCGUCGUUAUCGUCGGGCGCUGCAACGUCGCCCGCGAAGAGCACUGCCAGCAGCGGCAGCAACUCGACGGGCGUCGCCAACGGCUUUGCCGCCAGCAACGGCAGCAACUCGUUCAACGAUAUCACAGCUUUUAGGAGAAAGAAACGAUUUCGAGGAUCGUCCUGCGUGCCGGCGCGCAACCCGGUCACCGGAGACGGAAUCGAGGUGACGCCCGUGAGGCGCAUCGCACGAAAGUGUCGAGAUGGUAAUCCGGUAACCGGAGCCGGCUACGCGUCCGAGCCACUGAAGAACGGCCCGACCAUGCAGAACGGCACCGUCAGCUCGAAUUCCAGCAGCGGCGAGAAGUCGAUCGACUCGUCGCCGACGGCGAAGCCGGCGGCGCGCACUCGCGUCCCACCCGGCGGCUACUCAUCCGGACUCUGGUAAAGGGCGACGUACGACGUCGCCGUCGGUGGCUGUCCCGUCGGCCGCUCACCGGGACAGCCCGCGAUCGAUCCUGUUCGAUCUUGUACUCUUAACCCGCUAAGGCCCGCGAUCGCCUUUUCGUAUUGUCGUUCUAACAAAGAUAAAAAGAGAUAGGAAGAAAGAGGGAGAGAGCUCCGCGAAAUGAGAGAAGAUCGAUCGAUUUCCGGUCACCGUAUACACUCCACAUCCGCGCGGGCCAAGUUUCCUGCCGAGAUUGCUCCUUUAAAAGAUAACGGGGAAUACCCCCCCCCCCCCGUCAAAGAGAAUUGCUGACGGCAGAUGGAUGAGACAAUGAGAAAGCGGCUGCCGCUGCUUUUGGACGCGGGCUUUAUUGGGUUAAUCAACGAGUGGUCUAACACCAUUUUUUUUUCUCUUUUUUCUUUUCUCUUUUGCUUUGUACCAAUUGAGAGAAAGAAGCACACGUAGAAAAAGAGCGGGAGAGAGAGAGAGAGAGAGAGAGAGAGAGAGAGAGAGAGAGAGAGAGAGAGGAGUCAGUGUGACUUUUUGAAUGUGACUUUGACAAUUUGCGACUUCUUCAUACACGAAUGACUAUAGAUAACUCUUUCUUAACCUCGAGUAAUCGACAUUUGGAGCAAAAUUCAUUUUCAGAGGUGAUAAAUAAAUAUACACAUACACACAUGACAUGUACACACACGGUGACGGAUAAGCCAUCAUCAUUAUCAUCAUCAUCAUCAUCAUCAUCAUUAUCAUCAUUGUCAUCAUCAUCGUCAUUUUCCGUUUCUUUUUAAUAAGAAUAUUUGAUACUGUCAUAUUUAGCGAUUUUUUCGUCGUCAAGAAGGCUGUAAAGCUUUCGACGAAGACGAAAGAUAGUGAUAACAAUAGAGAAGCCCGUCGACUCCUCAUCGCUGAUGGCCGCAACGCGGAAGCGAGCGGAAGCCGUGUUCUAUCUUGAGCCUCGACCAGCGACGGAGAGAAAGAAAGAAGAUCGCGCGCGUUCGGGUUUUCUGGAUCCUUGAAAUUUGCAUCGCGCGCGAAUCUGCCGCUUCUCAAGGGGAAUCAAUUUGUGAGUGGGCGAGAUGCUAACGAGAACGACAAGACAACGGGGGAGGGGGAUUUUCCUGCGUCGAUCGGUCCGAAAGAAGGAAUACUUUUGAACGGCGCUCCUUCCCCGAUUAUUCGUCCAGGCCGCCAUGUAAAAAUCGCACGCGAGCGCGCAGGUGUAAACCGAUCCCGACUCCGCCGAGCGUGAAUUACCGGUCCUUCAAUUAGCAACUCCAGUGCCGGGCAUUAUCGCGUACGAACGAAUAACUGUAUAUAGAGGUAGUUAAAACGAUCAACGCGCGUAAAGCGCGCCUCACCUCUCCUCUCCGAGGCUGCGAACGAACGAACACCGCGCGCGAAUCGUAAAUCACCUCGCUGGGAAAGGUGAUUUUCCAUCAGCGAGAUUGCUCGGAUUUAAUGAGUUUCACGGGAUAAGUCGAGCUCGCGCUGCGGUGAGAGCAAAAGCGUUUGCCUCGCUUCUUCCGAGAUUCGUCGUCUAAAUUCGACUCGAAUAAAAAGUCACGGUUCUUGAUUACUCUACUUCGUCGCGCUGAUCGCGACGUGUUUCAUUGAUGUUGACAACGAAGUUACGUAAUUUGUGCUUCGGAAAAUUUUUACACGGGUGCCGUUAGUCGAAAUCAAGCAUAAUGUUCAGUGUUUCAGCUUUAGACACGAGAAGAAAUGUUAAAGAAAUGUUACAUACGUAUUCCCCGGAAUGUCCGGAUAUAAUAAGUAAAGUUCGAGCAAGAGUGAUGAGAAGGGAAGAAAGUAGCCGCGGAAACGUCCGCUCCGUUUCAUUCGUACGAACUACCCGGUUGCCCGGAAAGCGGAGCUUCCCCGUCGCUGUCGAGCUGCACGACUGACGUCUUGCGCUCGUUUCCAAGUUGUGCGCGUCCACCAUAUACACACAUACACGCACAUACAUACACAUCCAUACACAGACACAGACCCCCCUUCGUGGUCUGACAAAAUCGUUUCGUCCAAGAGACAUUAUAUACGCGGCGAAAUUCGCUCUCUCCGUGGUGAAGGACAAUGAUACGUAUGAAUAAUAUUCACACACGCGUACAGAAGAGAGGAGGAGAAGGAACAAGCAGCAUACCGAAAUCGUGUAGAAUCGUAGGGAUCGCGAUCGUACCACUUUAUCGUAGUGCAGCGUUUGAUUAGGAGAGCAGAAUCGUUUUAUACCGAUCGAUCCUGCCAACAUGUCAAGGAAAGAUUGAGAGGGAGAGAGAAAGAGAGAGGGGGGAGGAGAAGAAUAUCGAGAAAGCGAGACAGGUAUGUGUAUACCUAACGUAAGAAUAACCGACGGGAUAAUUAAAGCUUUUGAACGGAGAGAAUACACCGUCGACCCGCAUACCAAGCACGAGACACUAUUUUGCUUGAGAGGAGGAAUAAGAAAAGAAAAAAGUUAAUUCCCCGGUCGUGUGAACGACGUGAGAGAAAAAUGGACUGAUGAAAGAGAGAGAGAGAGAGAGAGAGAGAGAGAGAGAGAGAGAGAGAGAGAGAGAGAGAGAGAGAGAGAGAGAGAGAGAGAGAGAGAGAGAGAGCAGCGUGCGCGUUCGCGCGCACUCGACGAUGACAUCGCGAUCUUCGUGGAGACUUCGGAAUUGUAUAUUAGAAGUAGGCAUGUGUUAUUCGAAAAAAUAAAAGUAUACCAUGUAUAACCCAUACAAACCAAGUCAAGUGCUUUCUUAAUCUCCGUGCCUUCUUAAUAUCGCAUAAUUUAUUGUCGCACGAACGAACAAACGAACGGACAAACUUGCGUACGACGCGCGGCUGAGACGGAUCGGAGAGACAUCGAAAGAAAGAAAGAAAGAAAGAAAGAGAAAACCUUCGCGAAAAAUCGUCAUCCUCGCGACGUGUCGACAUUGGGGGAUAACUCGACACAGGUCGGUGUUGCCCUUAAAAUUAAUAUACAUUUCACGUCACUCGAAAAAAAAGGUGGAUUCGUCGCGCCGCCUUAGAUGUGUAUCGUCAGCGAUUUCUCAGAGAUUGAAAGCGGGAUAUCGUUUGUCGUGCGUACCCGAUUAUUCACGUGAAGCUAUUAUUAUUUAUCUAUUUAUCGGUAUUGUAUACUCUUAUCUCUUAUUUCUAAUGGUCGACGAGAGCUGCGCACGGCGAAUUGAGAGAUGGAAAGAAUAAAAGCUAGAGACGAAGAGGGAGAAGGAGAUAUAUAGGGGGGAAAACAGGAAUAUACACCCUGUCCCUUUGAGCACGUCGUGCUGCAGCUUUCUAAUCGUCGUCCCGCUUCUCUUUCUCUUACGAAUAGCGCGUAAUAAUCGAAUAUGUAUUUAUUUCACAGCAACACGAGAGCCGUAUUGCACAUGUAUCGUUUUUAUCCCUUUUCCCUUUCUCUACGCAGAGAGAACCUUACGCAGUCGUUUUGGUGUGAGUAAAAUUAAGUUGUUUGUAACACACAUACAAACAUAACA